CCCGGACCCUGCAUUCACUAUAUCUGGUCUCCCACAGUACACAGAACAUGGAAAUACAAUUAUUUUAGUAAAUACAAACUGCUAAUUAUCUUUUCUCAUCAGCAGUUAGAACAGUCUUGUGACUUCAGCAGAGCACUGGUUAAAGAUUGUAGGAGGAGUUUUUUUUAUGCUCUAGGAGGAUGUGAAACCUCUGACCCUCUGUCUGGACAGUGCUGAUUGGCCCUGUGUUGGUCACAUGCACUUUCCCAAGAAAAGAAAAACCUCUCAAGCAAUACACACCAAACUGAACAUGUGCAUUCCGCCCCUGAUGUGACUACAGAUUCAGUCCGUACCAGGUGGUCAUUUCAACAAGAGGAGGGGCAGAGAAGAUGGGAUAAAACAGCCUUUUUACACAAUACAGAGGAUUAACCCCUUAGGUUCCACAGUGAGUAUAACAAGCAUGCUUUACUGCAUAUACAGACUGAUUUUACUGUUGUGGGUUUAGCAACACUU